UCUGUGUCUUGAAAUAACCUCUCUGAAAUGGAAAAGUUAUUGUACCGUUUUACUCCGCAGCCUGUGGGGAAGAUCUGGCAGAGGGUUUGGGAGGGAAAGUCCCAUGUCAUCAGAACCGACGUCAGGGUCACAAGGUGAAUGGCAUGAACUGCCAGCCUGUGUCCUGCUGUCAGACCAACUGUGUUGUAACUCCUGCAAGGGAAAAUUGCUCUCUGAGGUUUGCUCAGGAGUUUUGAAGGAUCUAACUGAAGAAAUAACUGAAAUGGAAACUCAAAUCUAGACGGAAAUAGAAAGGAGGUUUCUGGAAAAGAGUUGGCCUUGUGGGAAUUUAUUGCUAACCAGGAUCUAAAAUGCCAAAGCACCUCUCUUCUGCUUCUUUGGGAUUAUAAAGUUUUUUUUUUCAUGUUGACUUUUACAGAAUUGCAGGUAUCAUAGAGAAGAAUCAUCUUCAUUAGCCCAAUGAUCAUCAAGGGCAUGAACUCUGCUGUUUCAACCUAAAUGGAUGAGAAGGUCAGCCGCCCAUAAGGAGAGCCCCUUUCGUGUUCAGGAUGGCAGCAAGUGGUGGUGAAAGCCAGUUGCAGCGGAUUAUCAGGGACUUGCAAGAUGCUGUGACUGAAUUAAGCAAAGAAUUUAAAGAAGGAGGGGAACCCAUCACAGAUGACAGUGUCAACUUGCAAAAAUUCUCCUACAAGCUCGAGUACCUUCUACAGUUUGACCAGAAAGAAAAGAGCUCGUUGCUGGGGAACAGAAAAGACUACUGGGAUUACUUCUGUGACUGUCUAGCAAAAGUCAAGGGAGCUAAUGAUGGAAUCCGCUUCGUCAAGUCUAUUACAGAACUACGAACAUCUCUUGGAAAAGGAAGAGCAUUUCUUCGUUACUCCCUCGUGCACCAGAGGCUAGCAGACACCUUGCAGCAAUGUUUUAUGAACACCAAGGUGACCAGUGACUGGUACUAUGCAAGAAGUCCAUUUCUCAAUUCCAGGAUGAGUUCUGACAUUGUGGGUCAUCUCUAUGAGCUGACUGACGUUCAGUUUGACUUGGCAUCAAGAGGCUAUGAUUUAGAUGCUGCCUGGCCAGCAUUUGCCAGGAGGACACUGUCAUCACUUGGAUCUUCUGCAUAUUUAUGGAAGCCCCCAAGUCGCAGUUCCAGCAUGAGCAGUUUAGUGAGCAGUUAUUUGCAGGCCCAGGAGUUCCCCUCCAGCCCUGAUGCAAAUAACUCACUAAAUGUUGAACACUUUGAGGGCUUUGAAGAGUUGCGUGUAGAACUUGACCAGGCUGAGUUGAGGCAGAGGGAACUUCAAGAUCGUAUUCACCAGCUAGAAAUGGAAAACCAAGAGCUCCAGGCAACUGUCAGCCUUCAGAAGGAACAAGUACAGGUAGAAAAGGAGAAGAGCAAUAACUACAAUGAAGAGAACUCCCGGCUGACAAAGAUGAUCACAGAGUUACAGAAACAGUGUGAGGUCUCACACUCCACUCAGAGCACUGUUCAUGACCUGCAGAAGUGCCUGCAGUCACUGGAGCUGAAUGCAGUGGAGCAACAGAAGGAAUAUUCAACAAAACUGGAGCAGCUCAUGGCCAGCAAGGAAGACUGUGCCUCAAAACUGCAGGUGUUGAAUCAGGAGCUGGAGGCCUCUAAGGCUUUGGUUGCUAUGAAGGAUCAUUGCAUUGACGAGCUCAAAGCCAAGCUGAGUUCCACAGAACAGAAGAACCUCAGCCUCCUUGCAAAAGUUGAUGCUGCCUUGGAGGAAAGGGGACAACAAGCCACAGCCCACUGUGAUUCUGCCCUACAGGUACAGGCACUGUUAGAGAAGCUUCAGGAAUCAGAAAAGGAAAAGGCAGGCAUGCAAAGACUCAAUAAUGAGCAAGCAUCUCAGCUGAAGGCAGCGAGGGAGGAGCUGCAGCUGAAAGAAGAGGCACAGAAGGAGCUGGAAUCUAGAUACAAUCACCUCACUGCUGACUCCAGAGAAGAGGGUGAAAAGCUGCUUGGGAGGCUGGAAUCCAUGGCAAAGGAAAUGGAAGCACUUCAGAAGGCCCUAACCCUGAAAGAAAAGGAAGUGUCUGAGCUCCAGACCCAGGUAAUGGGGUCGCUGGCUCAGGUGGGGUCACUGGAAAAAAGUCUUGAGGAAGCAAGGAAAGAAAAAGAGAAACUUGAGGAGGAAUAUGGUAGGAAGGAAGGAGCACUGAAACAGGAAGCCCAGUCACAAGCAGAGCAACUUGAACUGCAGGAGGGUCACUUAGCAAAGGUGAGUCAGACUGUGUGUAGCCUUGAGGAGCAAAACCGGAAUCUCUUGUCUGAGAAGGAGCGUCUCAGCCAGAGAGUCAAGGAGCUGGAGGAGCAGAUGGAGCAGCAAAACUCUGCAGUGAGUGAAAUGAGUGAGGAGGGCAGGAAGCUGAAAGCAGAGAAUGUGGAUUUGCAGCAGUCCAAGAAGAAGAUGGAAGGGAAGCUGAAAAAUUUGGAAGCUUCUAAAGCCUCCCUGGAAGCUGAGGUAGCCAGGCUGAGAGCCUCUGAGAAACAGCUUCAGAGUGAGAUAGAUGAUGCCCUGGUGUCAGUUGAUGAAAAAGAGAAGAAGCUCCGGAGUGAGAACAAACAGCUGGAUGAAGACUUGCAGAACGCCAGGAGGCAAAGCCAAAUCCUGGAGGAGAGAUUAGAGGCUCUGCAGUCAGACUAUGAAGAACUAAAGCAAAGAGAAGAGACCACCAAGGAGUCCUACGCCUCACUUGAAGGGCAGCUGAAGAGUGCCAAACAGCACAGUUUACAAGUGGAAAAAAGCUUAGGCACUUUGAAGGAAAGCAAAGAGUGUCUCCAGACACAGCUCUCAGAGAAGGAACUAAAACUGCAAGACAUGGAGAGCCAGUGUGAGCAGCUAAGAGCAGAAGCUGAAAGACAUAGGAAGAAGUCAGAGGCUCUUGAGGUAGAAAAGCUCAGUGUUGAAAAGACAUGCCUUCAUCAGACAAAGCUUAUAGAAUCCCUUACAUCAGAAAAGGAAUCUGUGGAAGAACACCAACUACAGCAGGCAGCUGCUCUGGAGAAGGAGGCAAAAGAGCUGACCUCCAGACUGGCCAUGAGUGAAGAGCAGCUGGAGGUCAGCCGUGGUGAAGUGUCUAGGCUGCAAGCAGAGGUCCUGGACCUGCGAGUCAAGCUUCAGCAGACCACUGAUGAGAGGGAGCAGAUGAGAGGUGAGCUGGCAAUCACAGAGGCUUCCUUUGGUGAGCAGAAGGCGCUUGUCCAGCAGCUUAAAGAACAGAGCGAGUCACUCAAUAGAAACCAUGUGCAAGAACUGGUGCAAUGUAAAGAAAGAGAAGAAGUGCUGAAAAAAGAGCAGGAGACAGCAGCCCACCAAAAAGCUCAGCUAGAAAAUGAUUUGCUGAGCAUGAAGGAAGAGCUAUCCAAGGUUAAGCAGUGCCUGGAAGUUGCAAGAAUGGAAAAUGAAGAAAACAAAGAUCUCCUCCACAGGACCAACACAGAUAUGGCUGAACUUGGUAUUCAGAUUUGUGCCUUGACCUCUGAAAAGGUGGAUGCAGAAGAGCAGUUAGCCCAGGCUACAAAAAGCCUCAAAGAACUGGAAGAACAGGCAGCCAAGCAACAGGAGAAGCUGAAGCUUGAUAUCUCUAAUCUCAGACAGGAGAACAAGAGCCUUCAAGAGAAAUUAGAGGAGGCUCAAGUAUGUGCCUCAGCUGUCCCAGGUCUGCAAUUGCAGCUGGAGACAGCAAUGAAACAGGCACAGAGUUUCCAAGAGACCAGCCAAGAAGAGCUGUCUGCAAUAAAAUUUCAAAUGAGCACAGAGAUUCUAAAUUGUCAGACAAAAUUCAAGGCUGUCAGUGAAGAAUGUGGGAAAGUAAAAGAGCAACUAGAGGAGCAGAAGCGACAACAGCGUGCUGCAGAGGAAGAGAUUGCAGAGUUACAAGCUGCAAACACAAGUUUGUCUAGAAAGCUGGAUGAAGCAAGAGAGCUGCUGUCUGAAUCAGAAUCUGCUCGGCUGCAGAAAGAAGAGGAGGUGACAUCUCUGAGAGAGCUCUUGGAAAGGAUGCAAAAAGAAGCUGAAGAAGCAAAAGAGAAGGUCCUGGAGUACAGUGAGAAGCUCAGCAAGGUGGCAGCAGACAAAGACAGAAGCGACCAGAAGUUAUUUGCUGAACUGGAUGAUCUGACACGAACAAAACAGUUCCUUGAAGAGCGUUUGAUAGAACUUAUCAGAGAUAAGGAUGCUCUGUGGCAAAAAUCAGAUGCUCUGGAGUUCCAGCAGAAGCUUAGUGCAGAGCAAAGGUGGCAGGGGGACACAGAGGUUAACCACUGCCUGGACUGCCAGAAAGAGUUCUCAUGGAUGGUGCGCCGACACCACUGCAGAAUGUGCGGUCGCAUUUUCUGCUACUACUGCUGCAACAACUACAUGGUGACAAAGCCUGGUGGAAAGAAGGAGCGUUGCUGCAGAGCUUGCUUUAAUAAGCCUAGAGUCAUUGUGGACAGUACAGAUGACUCUGGAUCCAGUGCCAACCAGGAAGGAUCACCAGCUUCACUGGAAUCACCCGUGUCACCAUCCGAGAGGGCUUUUGGUGAAGCCUCUAAACCACCAGAUGAUGCAGCAUUUGAUAUAAUCACUGAUGAGGAGCUGUGCCAAGUACAGGAAUCGGACUCUCUCCACAGUGAAAGUCAGAUGGAGCAAGAUUCUCUGGAGCAAAGUGUGACAGACCUAAACAGCACGUGCAAUUCUUCAACCUUUGACGAAUCAGAAGAGUGGCAAGUUGCUCAAGAUGCUGAGAUAUGCUUGUUGAAGUCAGGAGAAAUCAUGGUCAGAUUACCCCUUACAGUGGAAGAGAUCUUAAAUUUUGGGGAAAGCAACAGAGAGCUGUUCAUUAAAUCCAGCACCUACAGUAUCAUUCCCAUCACUGUUACAGAGACGGGGCUAACAAUCAGCUGGAUCUUUUCAUCAGACCCUAAAAGCAUAUCCUUCAGUGUUGUCUACCAAGAAUCAGAAGACACACCGCUGGAGCAGUGCAAAGUUCUUAUUCCUAUGACCCGCUGCAACUCUCAUAAGGAAACUAUCAGAGGACAGGUGAAAGUCAGAAACUCUGGAAUCUACACGCUGAUAUUUGACAACACGUUCUCUAGGUUUAUCUCAAAGAGAGUGUUCUAUCACUUGGCUGUCGAGCGACCCGUCAUCUAUGAUGGAAGUGAUCUUCCAUAGCCUUGACUUAUACUGUGUUAUUUUAAAUUAAUUUUUUAAGAAAUGAUCUUAUUUAUGUACACAGAAGCAUUAUGAUUA